AUGUCUACUUUAAAAAAAUCCGACCUAGAAACAAACGCUUCCAUCUCUGCUAGAAAUCUCCUCAGGCAUCGUGCGAAGUCACAUGACGAAGCGGUCAUUAUGUUCUCUUCAGAAAAGAAUGCAGAAAUUUUACUCAAAGUUUCGCUAUUAAAAUUAGAAAGGAUACAAAAGAUGACUGUAUCCGAUUUCUCGAAAAUCGGAAUGGAAAGGUACAAUCGUCUUGUGAAGAAAGAAAAAUAUCUUCACGGAAAAUACCUAAUUGAUUUCAAGUUUAAGUAUUCAGACUUGGAAAUCAAUUCUGAAAAAAUGUUGGGAUCUUAUAGGGAAGGCUGGGGAUUAUUGGCUAGUGAUCAACACUGGUGA